GGAUGGAUGAAUGGAGGAUUUGAGAGCGCUUUACGAUCUCUUCGGUGGGUGAUCCAACGGUGAUUUCGUGCGGAAGAUACAAGUCGGUCACGCAAACGCAGGUACCCUUGCUCGCUGACAAGACGGAUUGGGAGCAUCCUAUGGACCUGGCUUGCCUGCUUCCACGGCUUUUAGGCCUUCCCAUUUCUUCGCAUGCCAUUCUCCAUUCGCUCUGAAGCUAUGGAUGACCGUAGGCGCCCAAAACAGCCCAGGACUUCCAAUCGUGACACUCCAGAGGUUAGUAGCACCGAGUGGGAGCUCAUCAACCUCUCGGAACAAGAAGAAGACCUCGUUUACAGAAUGUACAGGCUCGUAGGUGACAGGUGGACUCUCAUAGCAGAUCGGAUCCCAGGCAGGAAACCUGAAGAAAUAGAGAGGUUUUGGAUGAUGAAGCAUGAGGAGGGGUUUGCUGAGAAGAGGCUGAGGAGAGCAGGCUGAGAGCAGAAUUUCUAUUAGAAAUGGAUGGUGCUGAUGGCACUGCAAUAUCUAUCGUCUGUGUAUUUAUUUCUUUGGCGUGUCCCUUAAUUUCCCCCAGUAAGAUGGUUUCUCUGAAGAGCCUUCUAGUUAUUGUGCUCAGGACCCACUUUAUGGCCCAUGCUAUAUCUAUAUGGUCAUGGACUCUGUCUUCUACUGUAUCAUCUGCAUGCUUUUUUUUUGUUUUGGCGUGUUUGCGUUAGAAGAGUAUCCUAGGUAUCAUUGUGUUGAGGACCCAUUUCAUGGCCCACCAUAUUUGUCAAGGACUGUGUCUUUCCUCCUUCCCAAACUUUUUUUUCCCGCUCCCAUGCUUUUGUCCUAUACAUGGAUUAGCAAAGCUGCUUGUAUUCAUAA